CCUUUCUCUUUCCUUCCAUCCAGUAUCACACCAACUGCGAAUUCCCAUAUAUAAAUGUCAAAUCAUCUUUGCUACCGUCCUCCUUCGUUGCGGACAUGAUCCAGCGAACUCUUCUCUAAAACCUUUUCUAGAAGAAUUCGCGGUGACCUCCUUCCGGGUCGUCUUUGCAUGUCGCCAAUGCCCUCUGCCGACGUUGCAUGCUCUCACUUACUUCCUUGAUACGCUUUCGCUGUGAAGCAGCUUACCGCCUACGAUGCCCUUCCUUUUCUCGUACGUGUGCGACCUCCUGCAGGCGUUAGACGACAACCAACGCGCAAAGUCUGGCCUGAAGACUCCUGCCAAAAUCAUCGAGAAUUGGUUCGCCAAACACCGCGCACUUAUUGACCGCGACGACCACAACGAUACAGCACUCCUUUCCACUCUGUUUCCCGAAAAGAGAACCGACAGGGUCUUCAGGUAUGGCCCGGGAAGGUUGGAACGCAUCAUCGGAAGGGGGCUGGUACUGGGAAUGACCCGAAGGGAAGAACUUGGGAGACAUGCAGACGCUAAAUGGGGCAUGGAUCUCGCCGAAUGUGUUGAACGUAUUCUGAGGGACACGGUAAGUGUUGCGAAUCUACGUGCCAGAUUCGCUGGUUGCAAAUCUCCCAAUCCUGAUCCCAUCAGACCAGUUACCGUUGAGGAGAUCGACAACCUUUUUCACGACAUCGCUUCGCACUGUCACUUUAGCUCCCCUGCAGUGCGCAGCUCACCUCCCAGUUCAACCUCUGUAAGCCGAGAGAAGGCACUUGGAGAUAUAUAUACGAGAUUCUCCCCUCGAGAUGCCAAGUGGUUCACGCGACUAUUCUUGAAGAACUACCGGCCCGUCAUUCUCGACCCGCAACUCGUAUAUCGCAAUUACCAUCCUCGAUUGCCCUUGAUAGUCAAAGUGCGGGAUGACUUUGUGGAUGCUGGCCGCAUACUGGCGAGCCACAGACAGGAACGAACGGUUACUGGGAGGGACGAAUUUGCCAAACACCUGAAACCCAGAUUGGGUGUCAAAGUUGGCCGUCAACCAUGGUUCCAGGCAAGAAGCAUCAAGCAUUGCUUGCAGAUGGACUACGGUAGGAUGAGCUGCGAGGAGAAGUACGACGGCGAGUAUUGCCAGGUUCAUAUCGACCUCAGUAAGGGCUACGACUGUAUACAAAUAUUCUCCAAGAGUGGAAAGGAUAGCACACAAGACCGGAAAGCUCUACAUGAUGCCAUUCGAAAAUCACUCAAUCUACACCAGCCAUCAUGUCCUUUCAAAAAGGGAUGCAUCUUGGAGGGAGAGCUACUGGUAUAUAGCGACAAGGAAGAAAAAAUAUUGGACUUCUACAAAAUCCGAAAGCAUGUAUCCAGGUCUGGUGCGUUCCUUAGCACGGAACAGGACUCACAACGAAACCCUUGGGAACAUCUGAUGAUCGUUUACUAUGACAUUCUCCUUGUUGAUGACGAGUCGCUCUUGGCUGCUAAACACUCGGAGAGAAUGCAGCGUCUCCAAGAAAUAGUGACAGAGGUCAGAGGACGCUCGAUGUUGGUCCAGCGGCAGAUCAUCGACUGCAGCCGACCAUCCGCGGAAUCAGAUCUACGGCGUGCGUUUGCGACGUGCAUCACCAACCGUGGAGAAGGCCUGGUACUCAAACCCGACGCUACAUACUUCAACUUUGAUACGUCGGUGGGAUACUCUGGCAGCAUAGCAAUUAAACUCAAGAAGGAGUAUAUCCGACGGUUUGGGGAUGUGGGUGAUUUUGCUGUGGUCGGUGCUCGUUACGACCCGACCAAAGCAAAGUCCUUCGACUUUCCAAACAUCAAGUGGACGCACUUUUACAUUGCGUGUCUGGGCAAUAAGGAAGAGGUGGUGCGCUUCGGAGCAGUGCCGAAUUUCGUUGUUACAAACGUGGUGGAACUGAACGAAACGCAAAUGCGUGCUUUCAUGACGGCCAUCCAACCAGUCGCCGUGGAUCCGCAAGACAAUACUGUAUUUUCGUUGAGGAUCGAGGACGGGGUCGACGGCAAAAAGACACCAACAACAGUCUUCAAAGUACCUCCAGUGUUCGACAUAAGAUGUUUCUCUUUCGAUAGACCCGGCAAUACUGGAUUCUGGACUCCGAGGUUCCCGAUGGUAAACAAGAUACACUGUGACAGAACUUAUCUUGACGUUCUGUCUUUUUCAGAGUUGCAAGAAAUGGCAAUUCAUGGGACACAAAAGCCCCCAGGUGAAGAAAGCCAGGAGCUGUUGGAGUGGGUCGGACGUCUGGAACAGGCUGAUCCCAAAACAAGAGGCGUCGAGAUCCAGACCCAAACCACCGCCUCGACAAGCCAAGCCCCGUCGACACCUAACAGGUCGCCAUGCCCGGACGCUUUACCACCUUCGUCUCCAUCCUCCUCCCUCAAAUGUCGCUCAGUUGACAGGGACUCGUUCACAUCGUCAGCUUCGGUGGCCAUCGCUAUCAGAUCACCGAUAAAGACCAAAGAUCGACCUCGUCUUCUGCCCACAGUGGUUGAAUCUCCGCAGAGGUCAACUAACGAACUUUCAACGAUGGCUAGAGGGGAAAAGCGACCUCAUAGUUCAUCCACCAACCUAGAAUGUGACAUUAGCAAGAUCAGAAAACACAACAACCCAGAAGGCCAGAACGACGUUUCCACACCCCGAAAGGAGACCGUAUCCUCAUCAGUUGUUCAGCGAGAGCCUCUCAUGGCCAUAAAGACUACCUCGCCACGACGCAAUCCCAACCCUCGCUCGGCCGCUCCUCCUCGACUCAUAGGCGCGAACUCCAUGUACCAGCCCACUAUCCUAGACAUGGAGCACAGCCGGAGUACGAAUACCCGGGGACGGGUCUCUCUUCCUCACUCGAUGUCAUUGGGCAUUACCUCUCGUGACUUUACGUUCACUGUAUCCCAACCUACAGCCCGGCUUCACGUUAGCUCUCCCCCCACCGCAAUCGAAUCACUGACAGAAAACAAGUGCCGCUACCUCGGCGAUGCAUGCACAAUUGCCAAUAUCUCCUUUAUGCUCUCCCCUUGCAUUGCCGGCUACCUCUGGGUAACAGAGGACUUGCUCGGUUACCACGGGAUUACCGAGUUUGCACGCGAUCCCAAGGAGUGGGUAGCGGCGCAAUCCAUUUUCCCCGCAGACACGCCCAUCAUAACGCCCACGACAGCGGCAACAACCGCCACGGAAGCCAUGGUCCUCAACAGCUCAGCACCAACACCCACCCCCUCAUGCACCCCUUGUGGGACCAAGCGGAAGAAAAAGAUCAUACUCGUGGACCGUAGAAGAGAGGAGGCCAACAAGGUGUUUCUCCAGAGCGUCAGGGAUGCAGGCUUAAGACAUCGAAACGGCGAGCCGAAACAUGUCUCGGUGUAUGAUUGGAGGGUUUUGGAGGAGUUGAAGGAGGAGGAAGAGAAGUGUAGGGAGAGUGGCGAGUGGGGUGGGGUUAGAUUUGAUAUGAGGAGGAGCGGGAGUGUUUGGAGAAAGUACUGGGUUGGGUUGACUUGACUUCUUUUCUGUGUGUGGGAGGGGAAAGGUGUUGCAUUGGGAGAUACCCGGAGGAGAGAGUUGUAUUUUUUUUGGGUUAGUUGGGUAUGAAUAGGAGAGGAUAGAUCGUAUUAUUUCUGGGAGAAGGUGAAGAUCGUAUUGAUAUCUGGUGAGGAGUUUGAUAUUUGCAUUACUUUUCUGGGAUGGACCUCUGUGGCAUCAUACUUGGUAGUUUCUGGUCAUUAAGAGGUGUCCUGGCCCCAUUUAUUUAGCCAACUCAACCCAUCAUUCCUUCUUCUCAUCCUCAUACAACUUCAAAUAACUCGCCUGCAGUCUACAAAUCCCACAUAAACACCUGUUAGCAAGUGACACACAUGAUCCAAACCAAAACAAAAAGCGAGAAAAAAAAAAAAGAAAAAGA